AAACGAUAUAACAUCAAAUUCGUAGAAAGAAAAAGACCAGAAUGACGGGCAGCAUUUUAAGUUUAUUGAUAAAACCAACGAUAUCGUCGAAUUUAAAUUGUCUGAUACGUCGCUAUACGUCAAGUAGCAGUGAUGUUUGCAACGUAUACGAUCUCGUUGUUGUUGGAGGUGGAAUCGUGGGAUGUGCUACGGCACGUGAAAUGUUAAUAAGACAUCCUAAUUUGAAAAUAGCUAUCGUAGAAAAAGAGAAUGCUUUAGCAAAACAUCAAACAGGUCACAAUAGUGGCGUCAUUCAUGCUGGCAUUUAUUAUAUGCCUGGUAGUAUGAAGGCGAAGCUGUGCGUCGAAGGUUUGAAACUGUCCUAUGACUAUUUAUGCAAGAAAGGUAUACCUCAUAAAAAGAUCGGUAAAUUGAUAGUAGCUCAGAAUGAACAACAGGCUAAUUUGAUAAACGUUCUGUUCGAUCGAGGAUUGAAAAAUAAUGUACCUGAUCUUCAAUUAGUCGAUAAAGAGUGCAUUUCAAAUUACGAACCGAAAUGUAAGGGUAUAAAGGCCAUUUGGUCGCCAUGGACGGGAAUUGUGAAUUGGGCUGAGGUUUGCUAUCACUUUGCAGAAGAUUUUCAAAAAAUGGGCGGUCAAAUAUUUCUUAAUUACGAAGUUAGUGGAUUCUCUGAAAUGUUGGAAUCGCAUAAUGAAGGACUAUUGACACCUAUAAUCGUUCAGUCUAAAAAUAAGUUUAUUUCAACGAAAUAUGUAUUAACAUGCGCUGGUUUAUAUUCGGAUCGUUUAGCCGUCAUGACGGGAUGCGAUCGUAAUCCACGGAUAGUUCCCUUCCGAGGCGAAUACCUUCUUCUAAAUGAAAAUAAAAGACAUUUAUGUACAACGAACAUAUAUCCGGUACCUAAUCCGAAAUUACCGUUCUUGGGCGUACAUUUUACGCCUAGAAUAAACGGUGAAAUAUGGCUCGGUCCAAAUGCUAUUUUGGCACUAUCUAGAGAAGGUUACAAAUGGACAGAUAUCAACAUAAGAGACUGCAUAGAAAUGGCCAAGUUUCCUGGAUUGUAUAAGCUGCUCUUCAGGUACUUUAUACCUGGAGUUAAAGAAAUAGUUAAAUCAAUAUUCUACCCAUUGGCAAUAAAGGAUAUACAAAAAUUUAUACCAGAAAUUUCGUUUAAAGAUGUAAAGAGAGGACCAGCUGGUGUUAGGGCACAAGCAUUAGACAAUGAUGGCAAAUUAGUAGACGACUUUGUUUUUGACAGUGGAAAUGGCAGUAUUGGAAGCAGAGUUCUUCAUUGUCGUAAUGCUCCUUCGCCUGCUGCAACGAGUAGUAUGGCCAUAGCAAAAUACAUUGCUGAUAAAAUGGAAAACGAUUUCAAGUUUUAAUAUUCUGUGAUAUAAUUGAAGGAUCUAAUGAAAUUUCUCAGCAAUGAGGAAAGUUCCAUUCUCUUGUACACAGUAAUUAUACUUCAUAAUAGAAUCUGUCACUGUCCAAAAUAUAUAUCGUAAGAUUAUAAUAUAUUUUGUUACACCGUUUCUAUAUAUUAGUUAGUACUUGAUACUUCAUAGCAAUCAUAUAAUGCAUUACAUGUGUUUUUAAAAGAAUUUAUUGAAAAGAAAUAAAAACAAAAUGAAAUUUUUAUAUUCUUGUAUUAAAAUUUUUGUAUAACAGCAAUUGACGAUAAAUAUCUGUUUAUGUUCUAUGUAUUUUCUUGUAUGUAUAUACAUUUAUAUAUAAAUAUCUUUUUCUAAAAA